AAAACUACGGUCUCUCUCCCAGCGCUCAGAGCGCUAUUUUCUGCCAGGCUUUGAAGCGGACUGAGAGAGAGGAGAGGGAGAAGCAAGCUUAAUUCAUUAUAGCGCCGUAACACACGUUUACCAUCCCUAAAGCGUGGACCUGACAGACGUAAAGUUUUUUUAUCCAGGAUCUGAAGAGGCGACUUCAGUGGAAAAGUUAAACGUCUCUAAUAGUAGGCUAAAAUACAUGUUUUAUUUGUUUAAGACGAGGCAUCGCAUCGUUGCAUCACUGAUACGUUUGCAGAACCUCUUCUUAGUUGGGAAGUUAGUUUCACAUAGUUGGCUACUCAGUGACAUUCGCAUCUUUUCGGCUGGAAACCUUGACGGACUAAAUAACGUGAUUUAGUUUGUGUUUAGCACGCUUGUGGGAUUUUAACUGGAGACGGAAUUCUUACAUGCAACAGUAUUUUGUAUGAGAAAGCCAUGGCACAACAGAACAGAAACGGAGGGACUUCAUUAAACAACAACAACGGCAUCGAUAACACCAAGAGGAAACUGUUGAUAGGACUGGACCUCUUCUGCCUGCUACUAGUCAUGCUGCCAAGCCUGGUUCUCCACCGGUCCUCAGUGCGUCCAUACCAGCGUGGAUUCUACUGCAGCGACGUCAGUCUGCGUUACUCCUACAAGAACUCCAUCAUCCCCUCAUCCGUCCUCACUGCUGUGGGGCUCAUUGUGCCCAUUGUGGCCAUUGUUAUAGGAGAGUGUUACAGGAUUCACCAUCGCAGAGAGGGAUCUAAGUCUUUCAUUGGGAACCCUUAUGUCUCAUCUCUCUACAAACAGGUUGGAGUGUUUAUAUUUGGAUGUGCCAUCAGCCAGUCGUUCACAGACAUUGCCAAGGUGUCAGUGGGCAGAAUGAGACCUCAUUUCCUGGAUGUGUGUAAUCCUGACUGGUCAGCCAUCAACUGUUCCCUUGGAUACAUCACCUCCUACACCUGUAAUGGCCCUGAGAGCAAAGUACAGGAGGCCAGGAAAUCCUUCUUCUCAGGACAUGCCUCCUUCUCUAUGUUUACUAUGCUCUACCUGACUUUCUAUCUCCAGUCCAGGUUCACGUGGAGAGGUGCCCGGUUGCUCCGCCCCCUCGUCCAGUUCACGCUGCUGAUGAUGGCAUUCUACACCGGCCUAUCACGUGUCUCCGACCACAAGCACCACCCCACAGAUGUACUGGCCGGCUUUGUACAGGGCGCCCUGGUGGCCUACUGCAUAGUGUUCUAUGUAUCUGACCUGUUCAAGCCGAGGGUGAAGCCCGCCUCAACCCCUCCCUCCCCCAUCAAGAAGGAGCUCCUCCCCCCUGCUGACAUCAUCGAGCGGAACAACCACCACAACAUGGUGUGAGACAGGCCCCGCCCUUCCCAUGACCGAGGAGCCUACACAGCACUGUUUGCCUCCCAUUGGACAGUAGAAUGUAGCGACCAGAGAGACUGUCGCCGUGUCUCAUAUCACACUCUGUUCCUUAUGUAGUGCACUACUUAUCACACACUGUGGUCCAAAGUAGUGCACUACUUAUCACGCGCUGUGGUCCAAAGUAGUGCACUACUUAUCACGCGUUGUUAUCACACUACUUAGGAAAUAGCUUGUUAUUUGAGACCUGCCCUGCAGAGACCACUCUCACUAUCCAGAUUCUUUAACUACUAUUGUUAUUACUACUAUUCUGAUUUGAGCCCAAGUUAGAGCAAAAAGAAGACUCAAAAGCUAAAAGACAAGAAGUUACAGACAGCAGUGCAGAGCCACUGAAACAGAACACUUUGUCACUACACAAAGGGAAAAAAGUGUAAAAAAAAUAAAUGAAUGAGUGAAUGAAUGAAGCAAGGAAAGAAAGACAGUCUCUGUCUGAGGCCUUGACAUAGGAUAACAACUUCCUUAGUGAUAGGAACGAUAUUACUGCAAAAUUACUAGCAAACGACACAUACAGUAUAUGAGUAACAAUAUAGAGCAGAAUAACUUACAGCACUAUAAUCCAGUUGACUGUCAAUUAUCACUACUCGCCACCAGAUGGAGCAGCUAUUAGAACACUUGUUGAUGAUCACAUAGAGCAGGGGUGUCAAACUCUUUCCAUGGAGGGCCUAGUGUCUGCUGGUUUUUGGUAUUUCCUUUCGAUUAAGACCUAGACAACCAGGUGAGCGGAGUUUCUUAUUAAUUAGUGACUUAUUAAUUAAUUAAUCAAUCAAGUACAAGGGAGGAGCGGAAACCCGCAGGCACUCUGCCCUCCGUUGAAUGAGUGUGACACGUGACGUAGAGGGAUAAAGUAAACCUGUAAAUAGUUAACUUGUCCACCAGCUACUGACUACUACUAGAGAAGGAAGAGACCUGGAGAGGAACCAGACCCAUACUACUCUAGCUCCUACCACCAAGUAGAAGUUUGGACUAGUCUAGUUCUCAGUUCGACAAGGCUCUUCUAGCUGCCCCUCUGGGUAACCUAACCUGGGAUGAUGCUUUCUGAAAGAGGGGGGUGGAUGAAGCGGGGGUUCUUGAAAGAGAGAUGUUAAAAGAGUAGGGAUAUUGAUUGGUAUUAGUUUGGGGGAUUCGGGGGAGGAAGAGGAGGGGGAGGUAAAUAUCUCUCAGCCACCUGUCACCCUGUCUGGGGGCGUGGCUGUGCCAUGCUGCCGCUUGAUUGGCUGCGUAUGUGGGGGUGUGGUCUGUCACCAUGGACACAGGGUUGAUUGACAGCUAAACUGGGACAUUAUGGGGUAGGGGCUCUUUCCGCUGGCAGGGAGGGGCUCUGGCCCAUCCAAUCACUCGUUAGCGGUAUGUAUGUAUGUGUCCUGUGUGUUACUGUGUUGGUGCCUGCCAGUGUCUCUGCUUUUGUGUAUGUGUGAUGUGUAUAGGUUUGUGUGUCCUGUGUAUUUGUGUGUGUGUGUGUGUGUGUGUGUCUUUGAUGAACCCUCCGGGUAGUGUGUGUGUAGAAUGAACCCUCCUCACACACACCAUUGUCUGUGCCAAGAAUGUGUGCCACUAUAUGUGUGUGUGUGUGUGUGUGUGUGUGUGUGUGUGUGUGUGUGUGUGUGUGUGUGUGUGUGUGUGUGUGUGUGUCAGAGAGGGCCAGAGGUGGAGGACUGAGACCCUGUCCAGAGAACGUUAGAAAACUGUGGAUUUAAUAUUUGUAUUUUCUGCUACGAUGCAUCUUUAACAUGUUCAGUGCUAGUCCAGUCAUGUCAUUAACUAACUGCUCCCCAUCAGUCAUUUUAUUUUACACUUCAGCUUACUCAGGGCAAAUCUCAAAUGGCAUGCUAUUCCCUAUAGGAUGCACUUCUGGCUAAAAUAAGUGCACUAGAUAGGGAAAAGGGUGCCAUUCUGGAUGGAGCCUAAGACAUCUUCUCAACAUCACCACUUCAAAACGUUGCACAUCUUUCUAAUCACGUUUAGUCCGUCCUAUCUUUUUGGAAAACCCUUUCCUUUUCAUUUUAUAAAUAUAUAAAUAAUGUAUAGUUCACAAAAAUUAACUGUGUAAGAUAUUAUUUCUUAUGUUUAACUAUUGUCCACUAUGAAACGACAACCUCUGUUCUCUACCAAGUGCUGCUUAAAAAGCAUUGAUUUACAGAUUUUUUUAUUUAGUUAACUCAAAUAUUGUAGAUUUGUGGUAGUAAGUUUUUAAUUUGCAUUGAAAACAAACCUACAAUUGUAUUAAAAUUCACUAUUAGUAUUUUUGUAUUGUCUCAUUUUGUACAAAAUAAUUAUUAGCAACAUUUUUGUUUCUGCUUAAUGUACUUAGCUCUACUACAUGUGGUUUUAAAUAAAAAUCCCAUUAUAAACACAA